CUACUCUACUACUAUGCAUCAUGACUCAUUGUGUAAUGUUUAAUUGAACUGUAUGACCUUUUUAGGGAUUUAUAUUUAAUAACAAGACACCCACACAUCCUUGAAGUAGUAUAAAGUACAUCAAUAUUAAUGAUAAGAGAGAUAGAGACUCUAGACCAUCUGUCAUUUGGGGAUAUAGCUACUGGUAGAGUCUGAACCUGGCUCAUAAUAUCAAGUAAAACUACUACUAUGGAUCCUUUAGCUACAACUUCUUUGAGUCCCUCUUCAGAGCUCUGCCAAGACUUGCCUGGACUAUUAAACUCUAUUGACAUCGAGACAUGGCCCGUCAUUAUAUACAUGCUGAUAAUAGUCAGCAUAUUCUCUUGUUGUUUGGCUGCUGUCCUCUCUUGCUUUCUGUGCUACUUUUGCUAUCGCCACAAGCAAAGAAACAGCCAAGAUAGCAGCAGUUUUUCAAAGCGUUGGACCUCAGUCACCACCACAACUCCUAUGAUCACUUCACCGAUCACGCAAGAUGAAGAAAAGUACGACUUUAGCGACGGAGUACUAUCUAACGAGCCAACCUCUAAGACAUUCCAGACGACCAGCCUCACUGAUGCCACCCAUCAAGUAUCAGUGGAGGUUACCAUGCUCCCUGUUGCUACCCCAGCCCCUUGUAUGCCAGCAAGCCUCAACAAAUCUAAGUAUAGAAGUUGUGAUGAGAUUACUGAUGAGACUGUCCAGACACAGAGCUACAGUGUAGCUACUCCUAAUCAUUACACUCAGUCUACCAACAGUCUCCAGAGGAGGAGUCCAGCACAGGAGGGAUCCAACCGUCCUUCUGUAAGCUCUUUCAAACCACAGCAGCAGUCCCAACAGACCGAGCAUGAAAACAGGAAUAAUGGUGGCUCGUCCCGUGGCAGUGGUUCACAGAAACGAACCAAUUAUGUUCAAAUUGUUGCUACAAAGAAGAAGGAUCCUGUGGCUGCCCCUCCAACCCAGUCAGGCAUAAGACCUCACACUCCGUCAAAUCACAUCACAGGACAGGAUGCUUUACCGUCACGCUCUGCACGAUCAAACUCCUCACCUGCAGUGAAUGAAGUAUUGUAUGAGAACUCCUCUUCUGUUAGACUCAUGGGUUUACUAGGGAAGCAGUCAACAAUGCCUACUCCAAUGCCAAGGAGGGGGAAUCAAGAGUCACCUGAGUCCUCACCGUCUCACAGCUAUGAGAACUCUCUUCCCUUUGCUCGGCUACAGACCAGCUCUCAGCAUUCAACACCAACUCAUGCUCAAACAGGAGCCACUAGUAAUCCAUCACCCAGAAGAGUUACUAAUCCUGCCAUAAUUUCUCAAAACAAAAGCAGGGGCCCUCCACCAAAUCCAAAGCCUAAGCCAUCAGGAGCUCAGAGUGGUAGAGUCUCGGUAGACAAUGCAGAGCAUCAGCAGCUGCCGAGGUCUCGCUUUCUCUCUCAUCCAGGACCUGUUGCUCAUCUUGUUGAAAAUGGUGAUGAUAGCCAUAUUUAUUUAUCACCUCGUACGGUUGGGGGCUCUGCUGUCCCAUGGAAGCCAUACAAGGAGCUUGAUUUUACGACCCUUGAGCCCGAGAAUGACUAUGCAGUUCCUAACAGUUUGCUACAAGAUGAAAAUGAUGAGAAUGAUUAUUGUGUUCCUCCACCGACAGUUGACUCAACUGAUGUCUUUUACUAGAUUUUGUUGUUGUUAUUGUUGUUUUUGUUACUGUUGUUGUCGUCGUCAUUAUUGUGUGAUUUUAUCAUUGUGUGAUUUUUACUGUUGUUGCUAUUUAUAAUUUUUGCUUAUUAUUAUUGAUUAUUGUUUGUUAAUUUUUGAUGAGGAACUUAGCUUCUAAAUUAGAUCUACAUUAGAUCUAUUUUUUGUA